AUGGACAACAGUGGGCAAGCGUGGCAACGUACAACGCGGCCCCCACCUCAGCGCGGCGGGGAACAACAUCCCCCCUCCGCCCCCGCCCAUCCACCUACGACGGGCCCCAUCGCGCGGCGCCACAAGCGGCCGCCCCUCCCCCGCGCCCCACCUCAGGACGGACCGCCGCCGCGCAACCGCGCGAGCGAGAGGGAACUACCGAGCGACAAGGCCAACGCUAUAUAUGGGCUGCACGACCGCCUGCCGCGCCCAAGUCGAGCGCACUUCCCGCGCCGGCCGGACACAGACUGCUGGACCGUCAGCUCGCCGAGAAAUAUUUUCUCCGGCGAACCGUCGCGCCCGCUGCCGUCCAUCCGCACAUUAAGUGCGCAACAACGCUCCGAAAGACCAUCAUCGGACGCGUCUACCACCAGCACCGAGGACAAGGAGGAGAAGGAGACGACCUCGGACCAUUCAACCAUCCGGCAGCCGCUGCAGCCACGGGUAAGCGGCAACGGAGAGAUCGCAGGGGGCUCAUAUUUUUAUGCAGCCCCCGCGGAUUAUACCCCACCGCCACGCCAGCCGAAAGCGCAGCGACGCCACACCCCGCCGGAGACGGAGGCGUCUCUGUUGGAGAAGCGGACGAAGGUGGGCCCUGCUACCUCAUCACCGGAGCAGGGACCACAACAACAACAAGACCGACAACAAGACCAAGUAAGUCAACCUGGGGCGAGGGCUUAUUCCCAACCCCCCAGGUCGCCAUCUAUUAACACGACACCAGCCAGCAACCCCAGUAUGUCCCCGGAUAGGAGGUCCAACAGAGACCUCGAUAUGGAGGACUACGGGGGAGAAUCCGCGUGGACGGACGCGAUGUCGUACGCGACGUUCGCAAACGAAGGCGCAAAUCAGGGCGCCCGUUUAACACCAACGAAUAAAGAGCCGCAGCCGUCAACAUCGUACGCUGCGGCCGCGCUAAAACCGCCAUCACCCAAUGCGCAAAGGAGGACUAGCUCGCCAAAAGCGCCGACACCCGCAAAAAGAAAAGUCCACCCAGGAAAGAACGAGAAAAGGAUAUCCCCCGAUCAUGGUGGAAAAGCUGCC